AUGGGGCUGCUGCAGCAGCAGUAUCAACAAGAACUAGAAAGACAGAAUAUGCAGCAGCAGCAGCAGCAGCUGCAGCAGCAGCAGCAGCAGCUGCUGCAGCAGCAGCAGCAGGAUGGGGUCCAGACUCCGCAGCUGCAGCAGCAGCCUUCAUCAGCAAAGCCAGCGCAGCAGCAGCAGCAGCAGCAGCAAGCGCCGCACUGGCAGCAACAGCAGCAGCAGCAGCCGCAGUGGCAGCAGCAGCAAACCCCGUGGCAGCCGCAGUGGCAGCAGCAACAGCAGCAGCAGCCGCAGUGGCAGCAGCAGCAGCAGCCGCAGUGGCAGCAGCAGCAGCAGCCUCACUGGCAGCAGCAGCAGCAGCAGCCUCAAUGGCAGCAGCAGCAACCACCACAGUGGCAGCAGCAGCAGCAGCAGCAGCCUCAGUGGCAGCAGCAGCAGCCACCACAGUGGCAGCAGCAGCAGCAGCCUCAGUGGCAGCAGCAGCAGCAGCAGCCUCAGUGGCAGCAGCAGCCGCAGUGGCAGCAGCAGCAGCAGCAGCCGCAGCAGCAACAGCAACCUCAGUGGGCACAACAGCCACCGCACUGGCAGCAGCAGCAGCAGCCGCAGUGGCAGCAGCCGCAGUGGCAGCAGCAGCAGCAACAGCCGCAGUGGCAGCAGCAGCCACCGCAGUGGCAGCAGCAGCAGCAGCAGCAGCCCUGGAGCACUCAACAGACCUAUCAGCAGCAACCGUGGCAGCAGCCGCUGCAGCAGCAGCCGCUGCAGCAGCAGCCUUGGCAGCAGCAGCAGCAGCAACCACGGGAGCAGCAGCAGCAAUGGGCAGCAGCAGUAGAUGCACGGAAGCAGCAGCAGACGGAGCUCCACACAGCAGAGGCUGCAGCACCGCAGCAGCAGAGAAACAGCUGUCUGUACACCUCGGCGGUGGCAGCAGGGACGAGGGAGACAGACCCUAAGAAACAGCUGUCUGUACACCUCGGCGGUGGCAGCAGGGACGAGGGAGACAGACCCAGCAGCAACAGCAGCAGCAGCAGCAGCAGCAGGUCGGCAGCGGAGAAAGGACAGCAGCAGCAGACAUGGCGGCCGAAGCUGCACCGGAUUCCCUUGGUAGCAGCAGCAGCAGCAGCAGCAGCAGCAGCAGCAACAGCAGCAGCAGCAGUGUGCAUGCAACCGAGGCCUCUGUCCCCUAUGGCUCCCUCAAAUUUUUUGCUGUAUAUACACCGCGGCAUCCCCCUUCUAGCACACAGACAGCAGCAGCAGCAGCAGCAGCUGCUGCUGCUGCUGCAGCAGCAGCAGCAACAACGGCAGCAGCAACAGCAGCAGCAGCAGAGAAAGCUCUCCUUUAUGCACGGUGUACGUCUUGAGGGGCCGCAUGCACGCUGCAGCAGCAGCAGCCGCCUGAUCCCUCUCUCCAGCAGCAGCAGCAGCAGCAGCAGCAGCAGCAGCAGCAGCAGCAGCAGCAGCAGCAGCAGCAGCAGCAGGUUGAGUGUAAAGACACUGCAGGAUGUUUGCUUUUUGAUAGAAGAGGAAAUAAAGACACACGCGAGGAGGGCGGGCAUCUGCUGCGAAACCCUCAAGCUUCACGUAACCCCCGCCAGCCCCGCGGUUGAGGGCUAUGAGCUACAGGCCAACAUUGCAGCGUUGAGCAGCAGCAGCAGCAACAGCAGCAGCAGCAGCAGCAGCAGCAACAGCAGCAGCAGCAGCAGCAGCAGCAAGAGCAGCAACUGCAGCAGCCGAAUCCACAACUUCAUAGAGAAGCCAACAGCUCCCCAGCACCCGCUAACACAGCAGCAGCAGCAGCAGCACCAGCAGCGACAGAUGCAGCAACAGCAGCAGCAGCAGCAGCAGCAGCAAGUGAGGGUUUGGUGGAUGGUGCUGCUUUUGCUGCUGCGCUGCUGCGAGAGAGUGCAGCAGUAG